AUGCGCGCAACGGGCCGACUGAAUCCUCGCAUGGCCCUGCGGGGCGCUUUGGUCCCACGGCCCGUGCGGCCCCCCCCGCGGGUGCGGCGGGGCGCCUCGGCGCCGGAGGCGGUGGCGCUGUCCGCGGCCGGGCGCUGGGCGCAGGCAGCGGCCGCCUGGCGCGAGCUGCUGGCGGCGGGAGCGCUGGCCCCGGCGGCCCGAAGCCUCGCCAACUGCGCUGCCGGGGACGCGCUGCAGCACCUGGGCGAGGACGACGCGGCGGUGGAGCACUUCGCGGCAGCGGAAGGCGCCGAAAAGCCCCCGGCCGCGGCGGCGCUGCGUCUGGGCCUCGCGCUGCGGCGAGUGGGCCGCUUCGAGGAUGCGGCGAGGGCGUACCGGCGGCUGCUGCGCCGGCCAAGGCGGUCUCAAGCCACCGCCGCGGAGCUCGCCGCCGCGGUGGGCGGCGCCGCCUUGGCGCUGCUCCGCAGCCCCCAGCCGUGGCCGCGCCGAGCGGAGCAGCUGCUGCGGGGAUGGGCGCGGCGAGAUGAGUGCGGCCGGGCCAAAGGCUCCUCGCGGAACCUGCUGCUGCUGGCCAUGGCAGUGUGGCUGCGCCGGGGCAGGGCCAAGGAGGUUGAGGAUUUGCUGUGUCAAGCAGAGGCUUCCGCUGGGCCUGAGCUGUUGCCGCUGACGCAGCGGCUGCAGACGCCCCAGCAAGCGCAGGAGGGCGAGGGGGAGCUCUUAGCCCUUGCAGCGGCGAACCGCUUGGUGGACUUCACUGCUUGGGGCGUGCUGGAGGACAAAUGCCGUCUACAUGAACUUCUUAUGGCCACGUUGGACCAGCGGCGCUUGCGCCUUUGUUGGCCCCGCAGCUUUGCAGUGCCUAAGCAGGCUGCGGCGGCGGCGCGGGCCUUUCUGACGAGCUCAGGGUGGUGGCUGAAAGCUGCCAGUGGCCACGGGGGCCACAGCGCGCACUACUUGCCACCAGGGCGGGUGGUGGAGGCGAUUCAGGGUGUGCGCAAGCCCCACCUUCUGCAAGAGGACAAAGAUGACUGUGUGCUGCUGGAUGGGCGCCGCUUUACGUUGCGCCUGUACCUGGUCUAUGUGAAGGGCUUCUUUUACUAUUCCACAGAUGCUUUGGUGUACUGCGCGCUGGGCGAUUCCAAGGUCACCAACCGCUCGAGGGCGGCGCUGGAGCUCCACGGGGCGGCCAACGCCCAGGCCCCGAGCUUCGCGCUGAGCCGCGUGGCCCAGCGUCUGGAGGAGCAGGCCGGCCCUGGCUCUUUCGCCCAGCUGCUUCGGCGCCUGGGCCGCUUGGCUGGGGCCUGUGCGGAGGCAGCGGCGGCGCUGGGCCCGGAGGGCUGGCCGCUGCCAGUGCCGAAGAUCCUGGGCCUUGAUGUGAUCCUGACCAGGACGUCUCCCGGAGGCACUGCGGCAUUGUGGCCUUGGCUCCUGGAGGUGAACCGCUUCCCGGCGCUGGGGCUGCGCCACGAGGACGAGAAGGAGGUGAAGCUGCCAGUGGUGCGAGACGCCUGGCGUCUGGCGGCAGAUGCUUCGCAGGUGCAAAUCCGGAUCUGCGAGGGCCAGCGGGUGGUGGACGAGGUGCUCAUGCAGGCCGGCGAGAUGCAGGAGAUGCCGGGCCUCGCCUUCGCGGCCAUCUGCAAGCGAGUGGAACACGCGCUGCGAAAACCGGUGAAGAGGGUUCAGUACAAAGACAAUGAGGGCGAUCUCUGCACCCUUUGCGCGCCAAGCAUCACAGAUGCCCUGGACACCGUCGAGGGCGGGAUCUUGGAUUUGCACGUUGUGGUGGAGCAAUCGGAGUUUUCGCCUCCACCGCACGUUGAGAAGGAGGAUGUGAGUGAUGCGAGGGUCACGCACAACGGGCAGCCAUUGCCCAGUGCAAUCCUCAAGGAGGGCGUGCAGGCAUGGCUGGACAAGGAGCAUGUGUACAAGAAUGUUCCCGAGCAGCUUGUGGGUGCCACAUUGUUCAGAUCCAAGCAGUUGAUUCCUGGCGGUGACACGUUUACAGUCGAGGCACCGGCAGGGUCCGCCAUUUACAUCUUCAGCGAGGCGCACAGAGAUGGGGGCUUUCCCACGCUUGGGUGGCAGAAGUUCGAUGCCAAUCGCUUUCGUUGGCAGGCCGAAGAUGGCAGCUUUUUCGGCGUUGACCUCUGGAAGUGCGUGGGGACAGGGUCGCCAAUCAGCAUCACGCUGAGUGACGCACUCAUAGGUGGCAUUGCAGUCCAGAAACCUUUGCAGGAUGACAUCGAUACAGCCCGUGAAGUGGAGGAGCUGGUGGCAUGGUUGCAUUCAGUUAUUGCUGACCUUGACAUGACCCGAUUCUUUCAACGCCUGGGUGAAGCUGGCUUGCAGCUGUUAUCAGAGCUGCAGGGGUUCUGGGUUGAUGCGUGGGCGACUCUGAUGCAGCCGCUUCACAGUCUUGCCGCGGGCAGCUUCGACUUGACUCAGCUUCAGCUGGAAGCUUUUGGCAAAGUGGCCAUGGAGGCUUAUAAGAAGUUGGAUGCAUCCCUGCAAGCACGGGCCAGAGGGUUUCUGAAGGCCGCUAUUGACAGGAUCCAGGAGGAGCUUUGUGUGGAGGAGAGGCAUCCUAACGUGAUCUGCGAUGGCUGCGACCAGGAGCUGUUCGGGCGGCGCAUGAAGUGUGUCACUUGUCCGGACUAUGACCUGUGCAUGCGCUGCUACCACCAGUGCGAGCAGCUCCACCCGGGCCACCGCUUUGCCCGGGUGGCCCCGCGCCGGCCGCCGGGCCGCCGCGAGCCGCGCUCCAAGCGCCGGAGGUCCGAGCCGAAGGUCCCACAUCGCGUGGAGCCCAAGGUGGAGCCUAAGACCGAACCUGUGGAGGCUGAGGAGUCGAUGGCAGUGCAGCCCACAGAGCCACCGGAGGGUCAGGCGGCGGAGGCGCUGCAGCUGCUGCUGAGGCACCCGGACCCCGCGGUGCGCCUCGCGGCGGAGAAGGCCAUGGGCCAGGUGCAGGGCGCCGAGUCCGAGUCUGACUGGGAGGUGCUGGAUGACCCCCUGUGA